AUGGGUGUGUUGAAACUUGGCUUUGAGCCAUUAAAUGAGGAGGGAAAUAUGGUUGGUGAAAUGAAGUUGAUGAUUGCGGAGGAACAAAAAUUCCAAGGGAAAGCAUUGUCGUUAUCCCAUACGAAGACGGCAAUCACUACGAUCAAGGAGAAAUUCACUGAACAACAGCUGCAAAUGUUUGAACAGAGUUGUUUUGGUCAUCUCCUAGGGAUUGAGGACCUCAAGUGGACUUCUCCGAUUGUCCACGGGUUGCUGCUCAGGAAAGCUGAUCCCAAGACAGUUUCCCAACUGAACGGGAUCAAAUUCAUUGUUGGCAAGAAGGUCAUCCAAUUCACGGCGCAGCAAUUUUGCAUCGUGACAGGGCUAAGGUUUGGAAACCUUCCCUUUAUUCCGAUUCCCACGAAUGAGAACUGCUCAUUGAAACGGAAGUACUUUGCCAACGAUAAAGCUGUGAACCUGUUGGAAUUAGAAAAGGCCUUCCUCGAAUGCGAUGAUGUGGACGAUGUAUUCAAGCUUGGAUUCUUAUACUUUGCUGUCUUUGUGCUGUUGGGCAGCGAAAAACAUGUCCACAUUGACAUGCGAUAUUUGAAGUUGGCGGAAGACCUUGAAGAGUUUGGGAAGUAUCCAUGGGGUGCUGUGUCUUAUGCGAAGACAAAUGCGUCACUGCUGAGGGCACUUUGUGCAGAUUACCAGCGAGUGAAAACCAAGAGAGUACCACCUCAAAGGUUUUCCUAUGCACUUCAGAUUUGGGCGUAUGAGGUGUUUCCAGCGUUGGCUGCACUACAUUUGGUGGUGCACGAAGAAAAUGCGCACAUCCCUCGUUUACUACAUUGGAGGAGCAAUAGUUCGCCGCGUUUUUAUGAGCUAAUGAGCCAAGUAUUCGAGAACCGUGAGGUUGAUGUGCAGCUUCUCCGGCCAUCUGUGAUGGACAAGCAGCAGCCGUAUUGGACUUGGGGUGACAGUGCUGACGACAGUGAAGAACUUGUUGACUUGUUGGGCGAUGACGCUGAACAACAAACCGGCACUUCUGCCUCUGUAGAAGAAAAAGAGAAGGACAUUGACGAUACUGCAAACCUUCCGUCGUCUUCUAAGGGUACAGUCGCGUCCAGAGAGUUACGCACUUUGAAGCGUGACUUUCAAAGGACAAAGGAUGAAUUGGCCAAAGUUUCCCUAUCAAAUCGAGCACUUUGCGACAGAGUGCAUCAGUUGGAAGACAAGGUACGGAAGGAGUCAAUGAAAGCUGAAAAAGAGUUCGAAAAAAAUACAAAGUGUGUGGAGGAUUUCCGCAACACCCUGGCUUCAAUGGAGCAUUAUUUUAAGUUGGAGAUAGAGCAGCUGAAAAAACAAAAUGGUGGGGUGAAUGAAGCUGCGGAAGGACAUGAGGACCUCGGUAGUCCUCAUAUGAAUGAAGGAGGCAACAAUGACUUGUCGCCAUUACAUGCCUAUGUAAGUCCGCCGACAGAACCGGCAGUAAUGGAAACACAAGUCCCCGGUGAUGGAGCCGAACCUUCCGCAGCCAUGGUAGUUGAAGAGGCAAAAAUGGCCGCUUCAGUUCCUCACUCAGAAGUGCAUGAAGUAGCUGACCCGGCAGAAUCCGAUGAGCUGCCUACCCCGGAAGAUGUUGCUGGGUGUGACGAAAUCUGCCAAAGAGUCAUGAAGCUGUUAGAAGAUUGGAAAAUCACUAAGAGUAUGCCAUCGGGAGGUUUGAUGAAUCCUCCAAGUCUACCCACAGUUACUAUGGCUGGUGAUGAAGAAGGUAGUUCAAGUGUUGAAAAAAAAAGAAGUGGAAGGUAAAGGGUGCAGACAGAAGCGCCCGGCGCAGACAUUGUUGAGCCCAUUUACAGAUCCUUUGAGGAAGAAGAGGACGAUGACUGUGUCGGCUGCGACUGCAACCCCGCCAUGUUUUGAUCCAUCCAAAUCCUUGCCCAUUGAAGAUGUGAAGGCAGUACUACAGUUUUGCAGUGCCUGGAAAAGCGAUAUCAGUGCGGAGGUGCAGCUGGAAUCAUUUUCAGUGGGCGCUGAUUUUUUCUACAGACUUGUCGAUGAAACCGAAUGGAUGAGCUCAAGGCACCUGGACAUGGCAACCUUUCUUAUCCGCAAAAGGCAACUAUCUCAUCCGUUGGUUUUUGGAACGGACUGGACAACGGCAGAUUGUUGCUUGCAGCAAUUUCUAGAGCCGUUCAAACCGACUGGCAGGAAACGUGGAUCGAAGAAGGCAGCUGCUUCAAACACCGUUGACCUUCCAGCCAGCAAGCUGAAGAAUUUACAUCACUUUGUGCGUGGUACGUGGCAACACGGGUAUGCCCAAGCUUGGACAAAAGUCCGGAAGGUGUAUUUUCCAUAUAAUCUGAAAGGGUCUCACUGGGUUGCAAUCGAACUUGAUUUCGUAAGACAUACUGCAACCGUGUAUGACUCCUAUAUUGAUUAUACGAAACGUUCAAAGCUGGUUACGCUUCUGCACCCUAUUAGCGAUACGCUGGCACGAGUGCUGUUCGAUAUGCACUUUUAUGAUGAUUCUGAGGUUGAAGAGGUGAAGCAAAAGGGGCUGACGAUGUCGAUGUAUACGCCAUUCUCAGUGUGCAUCAUUGCAGAUGUGCCACAACAACGAGAUGGUGCGUCUUGCGGAAUCUUGACCGUCAAAUUCAUCGAGCAUCUCAGUGCUUUAAAGUCGGUAGAUAAAGUUGACCCUUUGAAGAUCAAAUAUUACCGACUCAAGCUUGCAAUUGAGGCUUUACGGGGGGAGGCAUAUUUAUGAGAUAUGGGAUGCCUACAACGUGAAGGGCCAGAGUUUUAAAACGGCCAUAGAAGCUGCUUGCCUACUUCUCAGAAUCGAUGACAUUGUGAGUGGGAUGAAGAAGAAGCAGCCUCCUGGUGCCAAAGCUCCUUCCAAGCCUCAAGUUGAGACAGAAGGCGAUGCAGAUAAUGAGCAAAUAAUUCCGGAGUGCUUAUCGAGAGCACGUGGUUAUCUCAGUUUGAAUGAAGUUUUGCUUUAAAGAAGAAAAAAAGGAGCAUUAUAAGUUUGAUGAGGAUAUUUUUUAGGUUUGUAAUGUCACCUUAACUUGGUAGUGUGUGUUUUGUCCCUCUUCUUUCUUUCUCAUUCGACGAGGGGUGGGAAAGAAGAGAAGUCUUCUUAUUGGAGAAUGCUAAUGUUAGUUUCACAUGUCAUCUGUGUAUCGAACACAAUUUCUUUGUUCAACUUCGUGGAUUGGCACA